AUGUCUCACCUCAACUCGUGGGAGGACGAUCCUGCUGCCCAGGAUGAGAGCCUGUCCAGGCAAACUCAGCAGCAGCUGAAUAUCAACCAGCAAGGCCAGGGCCAGGGCCAGGGUGGCGCCUUCCGAGCGAACGCCGCCGCCGCCGCUUUCCAGCCCACCGCGCAGAGCUUCCAGCCGGGCCAAGCCUACGGCGGUUACGCGCCCCAGUACCAGCAAUACUAUCAGCAAGGUUAUUACCCCCAGUACGGCGGUCAACAGGGCUAUGAUCAGUACGGACAGGGUGGUCAAGGAUAUCAGCAAGGCGGAUAUGGCCAGCAAUACGGCGGCCAAUUCCCUCAGUAUGGGCAGCAGAACUUCCAACAGCAACAGCAACGUCCCCAGCAGCAGGUGUCUCAACCUCAACAACAACAACAACAGCAAAGGCAGCAACAGCAACAGCAACAGCGAACCCAGCCGCAAUCCCAACAAACCGCGCCUCCCAAGGGCCCUGCUGCCGCGGCGCCCGCCGCCCAGGCCAAGCCUCCCGUACAGAAAGAGGGUGGUGCCAAGGUCCUUUCUUUGGGCGCAGACGUAACCAAGCCCAAGGCCAAGGUACUCUCCAUUGGCGGCUCCGGAGCUGUUGAUCCGUCCAAGAAGGCCGAGGCACCUAAGAAGGCCGAGGCUCCAAAGGCAGAGACUAAGAAGGAGGCUGCACUAAAGACCGACGACGGCGCGAAGGCUACGGCGGCGAAGGCGAUCAGCAAGACUGGAGCGUCAGCUAGCGGAAAGACUUCACCAACCCCUUCGUCCGGUCGCUCGAGCCCGACCGCGGGCAGCUCCAAGGGGCCCGUGCGAGAUGCGGACGCCGUCCAGAAGGAGCAAGCCGCUGAUGUCGAUGAGGAUACUCUGAAGGAAAUUUACGGAAAGGAGCACGUCAACAUCAUCUUCAUCGGCCACGUCGACGCCGGCAAGUCCACCUUGGGUGGAUCCAUUCUCUACGCUACUGGGAUGGUUGAUGAGCGUACUAUUGACAAGUACCGAAAAGAGGCCAAGGACAUGGGCCGUGAAUCGUGGUAUCUCUCUUGGGUCCUGGACUUGACAAAGGAAGAGCGUUCGAAGGGAAAGACUGUUGAAGUCGGUCGUGGAUUCUUCGAGACCGACAAGCGCCGAUACAGUAUCCUCGACGCCCCUGGACACAAGACCUACGUUCCCAACAUGAUUGGCGGUGCCUCUCAAGCGGAUGUUGGUAUUCUCGUCAUCAGCGCCCGUAAGGGAGAGUACGAGACCGGGUUCGAAAGGGGUGGUCAGACCCGCGAGCACGCUAUGCUUGCCAAGACCCAGGGUGUCAAUAAGCUCGUCGUUGUUAUCAACAAGAUGGACGACCCCACGGUCAACUGGUCGCAGGCGCGAUACAACGAGUGCACUACGAAGCUCUCUCAGUUCCUCAAGGGCACGGGUUACAACCUCAAGACGGAUGUCAUGUUUAUCCCCAUCGCCGCUCAACAGAUCCAGGGCAUCAAGGAUCGCGUACCAAAGUCUGUGUGUCCUUGGUAUGACGGACCAUCCCUGCUUGAAUACCUUGACGGCAUGAAGGCGCUUGAAAGGAAGGUGAAUGCUCCGUUCAUGAUGGCCGUCAAUGGCAAGUACCGUGAUCUAGGUACCAUGGUGGAGGGCAAGAUCGAGGCCGGUGUUGUGAAGAAGGGAAUGAGCUUAAUCAUGAUGCCCAAUAAGCAGAACGUCGAAGUGAUGGCGGUGUACGCUGAGGCUGAAGACGAGAUCCCGAUCGCCCAAUGCGGUGACCAGGUGCGUAUUCGACUCAAGGGCAUUGAGGAAGAAGAUAUCCUUCCCGGCUUCGUUCUUUGCUCUCCGAAGCGAUUGGUGCACUGCGUCAGCGAAUUCGAAGCCCAGAUCCGUAUUCUCGAUCUCAAGAGCAUUCUCACAGCCGGCUUCAACUGCGUGUUGCACGUACACGCUGCUAUCGAGGAGGUUACGUUCGCGGCGUUGCUGCACAAGCUUCAAAAGGGAACCGGGCGGAAGAGUAAGCUCCCGCCGACGCACGCCAAGAAGGGUGACAGCAUCAUCGCCAGGAUGCAGGUUAUUGGCGGCGCGGGAAGCGUAUGUAUCGAGCGCUUCGAAGACUAUCCCCAGAUGGGCCGCUUCACAUUGAGAGACCAGGGACAAACGAUUGCUAUUGGCAAGAUCACUAAGCUUAUUACGGAUUCGGCCUAA